GGGGUUCGUGUCGUUUUUGAGUGGUUGGUUCCCAAAGUGAGGCUACGUGACCAUCACAAAAUCUGAGAGAAACCACCUGGAAGGCGUGCUUGCUUGCUGGCUUUUAGUCCUUUGAAAAUUUUCACAUCAUCUUUGAAGACAGCGAGCUACCUACCUAUUUAGGCCACACGAAUGGUCGCAAUACCACCUAAUUGUUGAGCUUAUAUCCAACACUCUCCUGGCUAAGCAAAGGACGCGCCACUGUCGUCAUUGGCCAAGCAGGACGGAUUUGACUGCGAUCGACGCUCGGCAUUUAUUUUAGUGUUCUCAAAAUACCACCAGCUUGCCGGAAGUAUUGUACGGCAUACCUGUCUGGCAUAUCACCAUAGAGAAGAGAGAACAAAAAAAGGCGCGUGCGUGGCUCACGGUCGCACAGGUUUUACUGUCCGUUGCGACUCGGCCAAUCCAACUCGAUUGCGGCUGCCGCGUGUGCAAGGUGUGAUCUGUAGUGGUCAGCAGCCACAGCCAGCAAAACACCCGGCCACGCCUGAGCAACUGAAGCGCAAUUGAGACAGCUGAGGACGGCUUAUCAGCCAGCAGGCGCGGCUCCGUAACGUUUUCUGCGGCUACUCAACAUUUUUUUUUUUAUCAAUUAGCCAGUCCUCAGGCUUUUUAUCACAAGAGCAGACAGCAGUCCUGAGAAUUAAAUCCCGCCCCCUUGUCUGGAGGAGUUUUAUUGAAUUUUUGUUGCGCUGGAAAUGAAGACGAGACCGCAACAAAGUCUGGAUUUAUUGCCAUGACGUCCUUCAGUAAGCCAUACCCAAUCUCGUUCUUUCGGCAUCUCAGUGUCUACUUUCUUUCCUGCUAGACCUAGCACUGCUACUGCCUCACCUAUCAAUCGCCCAUUUGGUCUCUUACUCUUUCUACUUUAUCACUCAACUGCUUGAUUCAUUCGUUGUCCAUCUCCACUGUGUCCUCAAAGAUUCAAGAUACAUUACCCAGGCACCUAAAACACCUCUUUUUUAUCCUUGGAUCCGUCGCGGUGCGCGGGCAUGACAGCAAUAGUUCCAUGUUUCAAGACGGUUAGAAUCGCCGCAGAACAGGGAAUGCCCGACCCGGGUCUGCAUCCUCGCGCGCCAACACGCGGCAGCAGUCAUCAUGUGCUUUGAUAUUCUGUCUACUUUCUGCAUCUGCAUCUGGUGAUAGUUGCAGUGGCCCUUAUCCUUACCGGAAAAAGUCCGAGACAAAGCGUUAUCCGCUACCUGCCUCGGCCUCGUCGCCCUCAACUUUUUGUUUUCCCAUCAAGCCCAUCUGCCGUCGCAGUUGGGCAAUCAUGAAGUCGACAACCAGACUUGGUGCUGACAAAAUGUUGCAUUUUCUGCCUGCAGUAAACAAGGCGAAAAAGCCAAAAUUCGAGGUUCACCUGAGGAUAUAUGAUCUCAACAACGUACCGCUCGUAAAUGGGGUGUCGCAGAUCAAAUGGCAUUUGCCACACUCAAUACACGGUGAACACCGUGGGAGGACGGGCAAGUGUCCCAUUUCGAACCACAAGGUUGAGUACGGCUAUGGCAAGGUUGUGCCUGUACGCAUCCACAUCGACCGCAACAACAACCUUGAGGAGUGCCCCAUUGAGUUCGAGGUCUUGCAAGAAUUCAACGAGGCCGAUGAGAGGAUAGUCCUGGGUAAAGUCACGUUGAACCUCGCCGAAUAUGUCGAGGAGAGCGAGGCCAUCCUCCGGGAUAGGCAAGAUCCGAACCCUGGGAUCGUCAGCACUGGGCUUGGGGGUAUCCCUGCCACCGUAGCUGCCACAGCAUCUGCGGCCUCGGCGGCCGUGGCAGAUCAGUUGCACCACCAGGCAGGAAAGCUCAAUCUGGGUCACUCGCGCCAUAGGAGCUCCAUGAGCAACGACCGGCCGCCGCCGAGUCCAGGUAGCAAAGCUAGCAGCGCCGGCAACAGUACGCAUCAGGAGGUCGAGGCGGCCUCGGAUGUGCGGGAAGGCAUUGUCCGGCGGCACUUGAUGCAGGAGAGCAAGAUCAACAGUACGCUCAAAGUGGGCAUCCUGAUGAUACAAAUUGAUGGCGACCGAAACUUUGUUGCACCGCCGCUCAAGACGGCACCCGUCUUUGGCGGUAUUGCAGGCCUCGGUAUGACGGGCGAGGGAGGAGACCAAGACGAGUUGUCAGUUGGACGCGCACCUGCUAUAUCAAAAUCACGGGACGCCUCCGAGAUGCACGAUAUGUACCGUACUUCCCUCGCAGCAGCCAUAGUAGCUCCUCCGACAGAAGGCGAGCUGACUGCUGAUGCCUGCAUCGAAGACAUAUUUGGUGGCGGCUCAGGCUUCACUGAUAUGGACGGCGAGGGCGGUAGCCGGUCGACCGAUAGCGGAGGAGGCCGUUCCGGGAUCGGCAGGAGUAACAGCAAUGCAUCUGCCCACAAGUAUCACCACCGACGUCAGCGGUCUCAGCGGUCUCAGCGCUCGGCGCACUUCUCGGCAGCAAGUUCUCUCGCCCCUCCGUCGAUCUUCGGUCGCGACGACAGCGGUAACGGUAGUCCGUCAUCGGACAACGAUGGGAGCAGCAGUGCGGGAGGUAUCGGCGGGGGCACAUUACGGCCCAAAGACGUCAAGGCAUUCUUCGUCGGGGGCCACCGGCGGCAGCGCAGUGGGGCCAGCGAGCGCAGCAGCCGGACGAUGCUGAUGGCGGGUUCCGGCGGACGCAGCAGGUCACGGGGGGCGUCUGGUCAAGAGGGAGAAUCAGAUCACUACGGUAGAAGACAUAGAGGCGAAAAGUCUCACCAUAGCAGUCGCAGCAGGGACGGCUCGCACUCGAGGGCGCCCAGCUUGGCGAGCUUUGCCACAACAGGGGCAAGCAGCAGCGACAGUGACGGAUUCAGACGAACUCGAGAGGUUGACGAGUUUGAGAUGCGAGAUGAUCUGAUUUCGUGGAGAUUGCCUGGAAAGGUAGCUUGAGAAGCGAUAUCAACAGUUGUCGCUGUUAUGAGUCUUUGUCUUUUUUCUUCUUUCUUUUUUUGCGAUAUCUGGUAGCUUUUAGCGCAUGGCGCCGGUUUGGGGUUUUUUUUUCACUUGUUUAAAUUUUCCUGCAGCAAUCCUGCUUUAUUUCAUCUGGUCUGGAGCGUUUAUGUUUAUAGGUAGAUGCGGGCAACCGGAAAACCAACUUAUCACAACCAGAAAUGCGGAUACGCGGCUCGUGUGAGCUUGUGAAAGUAGGUACCCAGGUAAGGUAUAUAUUAUGUUACCUACUUGUUACUGAGUAGGCGAGGC